AUGAUGGCUGGAAAAGCAAUGCCAGAAACAGAAGAACAAAACAGAAUAAGGUUUCAAGUUGAACUAGAGUUUGUACAAUGUUUAGCCAACCCUAACUACAUACACUUCUUGGCACAGCGUGGUUAUUUGAAAGAAGCUACAUUCAUUAACUACCUCCGCUACUUGCAAUACUGGCGGGAGCCAGAAUAUGCUCGCUAUCUCAAGUACCCAAUGUGCCUCCACUUCUUAGAGCUGCUGCAACAUGAAGCAUUUAGAAGAGAAUGUGUCUCAGCACAGGUUUGCAAAUUUAUGGAUGAUCAAGCAAUUUUGUUGUGGCAACACUACACACGGCGGCGUACGCGCACGCUACAGCCGCCGGAUGCGCCGGCGCCGCCCGCUCCCCCCGCACCACCACAGCAGGGACCACCCCGACAACAGACAUAG